AUGGACCGGCACCCGAAUAUUAUCACUGCAAACAUCAAUGCCAUGGCUAGUAAUAAAUCGGCCUCAAUACGGCCAACUUGUCAUGAUACUGGGCAAUCAUAUUCCGUCUCCACAGAUGCCACCAAUACGUCAGAGGCAAGAUCUAGAAUCCCCAAAGCCUGCGAAAAUUGUCGCAAGAGAAAAAGAAAAUGUGAUGGAGCAUCCCCGUGCUCAUGGUGUUGUAAGAAAGAUCUCGAAUGCAUCUUCGUGCUAGAAAGACCCAAGAGGAAGAAACAAGGUUCCGAGCUUGUAUCCGAUCUAGAGGAUCAAGUGCUCGCUUUGAAAGAUUACGCCCGGAAACUUGAAGCUGCGUGCGGGCAUGCCAAUCUUGAGACAUUAGAUUCAUCAUACCUGACCGGGACUAAUUUGGGCCAAGAUGGUGCUGAACCUGAAAAGGCUUCGGGUAUGAUGACCCAUGAGAGUCACAACAGCGAGAUCGGCCAUGCUGAUGUCAGCCACUUUUCCGCUAUCAAUGACGUUAGCUCCAUGAUGUGGCGGAUGUCCAUACAUGACAGUGGUGAAACAUCUUUUCUCGGUCCCUCAGGAAGCUUUUGUUUUCCUUCAACACGUCAUGGUAGCGAGGGUAUCAUCAAGGGCAAGACAAAUGACGUUUAUAGUACCAACCCUCCUAGCAAUACUGACUAUGCAAUGUUGACAGCGAAAACACCAGAGAUCGAAGACAGCACUCUAUAUCUACUUGGUCUAUUCCGACAACAUAUUAACCCUAUUCACCAGUUCGUACCUUACCACGUCCUUGACACAAUGGAGUCAAAACAGAUCAGUCUCGAUCUUGAGCUUUUACAGAUGUCGGUCUUGGCAGCAGCGAGUCUCCUCAUGGAUGACGCAAAGACACAGAAACUGGGCCAGGAGUAUGCUGAUCGGGCUGAGGUUAUUGUUAUGCGUUGCUGCCGAGAAUUUCCAAAUGUUUCAACGGCGCAGUCAUUAUCAAUCCUCAGCUGGCGCGAGCUAGGACUAGAAAAUGAGAACAAUGCGUGGUUGUACAACUCUAUGGCAGCCAGUCUCGUUGUUCAACUUGGACUUCAUGUCAGUUCCUUCCAAGGUGUCAUGCAGAUGCCAGUCGCAAAUCAAAAUGAUGAUGCCAGCGGCUUGGAGACUGAGAAGAACCAUAUCAGAAUCCAGACAUUCUGGUCUAAUUUUCUGAUGGACAGUUACUCUUUCGAAUUUGGCGAACUUCAAUCAGCUGAGCGACACCGACUCCUAUUGGAAGCCCGCGACCACCAUAGCAGUUUCUUCAGUCAGCUCACAGAUGACCUUGAGCUUAAAAAGAACAAUAUAGAUUGCAAAGUGAUUCUACUACACAUGGUCUAUCACAUGUCUUUACUGCUGAUUCACAGGCCGUACCUGAAGGAGCCAAAAGAAAGCGCAAUUCAUCGUCUCUCUGUCAGAACGACCAUUGCCGCAUCACACGCACUAGUAAAGUUAAUCCGACAGUACGACAAGGACGGAAGUCUAGAGCAUGCACCAUUCUUCUCGGUGCAUUGCAUACUUACAGCAGCGGUGAGCCUACUGUUAAACGCAACAGCGACUGAUUCUUCCAUUCGCAACCAGUCAGUUUAUCGAUUUCGCGUCUGCGUAACUGCGCUAGAAGCGAUGCAGAAAAGAUGGCCACGAGCUAAGCGAGGUUUGGUCCUCCUAAGGGAGCUCGCUUAUAGAUGGAAGGCCGUUUCUGCCCUACCGCUUCGACACAGCGUUCCUCCUCAUCUCGAAGCAAUCGACAUGAAGCAUCAAGAACCACAGGAUCCUGGUUUGAAUGCUCAAGAAGUUCUCACUGACGGGAGGGUCAAUCAAGGAGACAAGAAUGAGUCGCAGCUCGACUGGGGUGUGCUAUUUUUCAACCUUGACGAACCUUUAGACUUGGUCUCGGUUGAUUUGUCAACACCCACUGCAGAGUGGUUAUUUCCAGAACCCAAUGAUGGUGAAGCCUCUGGAAAAUUUGGGGAUGGUAAACUAAGCGAUGCUUCACAAGAUUAA